AUGCCAGAAUUAAUAAACGCUAAUCCAACAAUAUACACCCCUUCCAAGUCUUCUCAUCGGAUAGAGACAAAAGACGAAGUAAACGAAGAUAUUGAAGAUAUAAUUGACUCUCAAGAAGUAUUUGAUCUAAUCCGCUCAAUAUCAGACCCAGAACACCCGCUAACACUUGAACAGUUGAACGUUACCCAACUUGAGCACGUCACAGUCGACGACGCAAACAACCAUGUUUUCAUCGAGUUCACACCGACGAUUCCUCACUGUUCUAUGGCCACGCUGAUUGGCUUGUGUAUUCGGGUUAGAUUAUUGCGUAGUUUGCCGGAACGGUUUAAAGUGGAUAUUAGUGUGAGGAAGGGGACACAUCAAUCGGAAAUAGCUGUUAAUAAACAGCUUAAUGAUAAAGAGAGGGUGGCUGCUGCCUUAGAGAACGCACAUUUAUUGGAGGUGGUCAAUCAGUGUUUGUCGACGGCGGCUAUGCGUGGGGCGUCGCAAAAAAUCGAAUAA